CCAGAGACAUGAUGAGCCCUACUAGUUCUCUACCCUGAAAUCCAGAGGCUUGAUGACCCUUACCAGUUCUCUACAUUGCAAUCUAGAAGCAGGAUGAUCUUUGGUGCUGCUGUUCUUUUGUUAAUGAGCUUACUGCACUGGGGCCCAUCUGAAGGCAAUUAUUCAAUUUACUGACUCCUCUCCACACUCCAGUUUGCUGCCCACAUCAGGUACCUCAGGAAAGCAGGCUGAUAUGCCAUCGGAAAAGGCUCCGCCCACACACCUUAAGCAGAUUCUUAUUAACCUGAUAGCAGGUGCCAUGGGUGGCGUGGCUUGUGUGGUCAGCGGGCAGCCAUUUGACACUGCAAAGGUAAAGAUGCAGACUUUCCCAACUAUGUAUCGAGGGUUUGUGGACUGUGCUGUGCGCACGUAUCACGCAGAGGGACUACGUGGUCUGUAUCAUGGAACCACUCCUGCUCUUGUGGCAAAUGCAGCAGAAAAUGCAGUGCUGUUUGCAUGUUAUGGGUUCUGCCAGAAUCUGGUGUCACGUUGCCUAGGUUUGCAAGAUCCAUCACAACUCAGUGACUGGCACAAGGCCACUGCAGGCUCUCUAGCUUCUGUAUUCUCCUCCUUGGCCCUUUGUCCUACAGAGCUUGUAAAGUGCCGCAUACAGACGCAGCAUGAGAUGCGCUUGUCUGGCAACAAAGACAUCCCACAUAAAAGCACCCCUUGGUCAGUGGUCCGUGCUAUUCUGAGCUCAGAGGGCAUCCCUGGUCUGUUUCGUGGCCUCAGCAGCACUUGGCUGCGAGAGAUUCCAGGAUAUUUCUUCUUUUUUGGUGGCUAUGAGCUGAGCAUCGAUAUCCUAAGCCAAAGAGAGAGCAGCAAAGAUCCCCCAGGUGCUCUGGUUGUGACUGUCAGUGGCGGCGUGGGAGGGGCUUGUUUCUGGCUUGCAGUUUAUCCAGUGGACUCUGUGAAGUCACGCGUUCAGGUUCUCACACUGACCCCACAUUCUAAGGGUUUCAUUAUUUCCUUGCUGCACAUCUUGCGAACAGAAGGAUUCUUACCUCUGUACAGCGGACUCAUGCCCACGGUUGUCAGGGCCUUUCCUUCCAACGCCGCACUCUUUCUGGCCUACGAAAUGACCAAGAGGACUCUAACAGAAUAUUGUUGUGCCCCCAUCUGAACAGUAUUGGCAUUCAGCCAGCACUUAGUUGACAAGUCUUUGUGACUUAUCCCUUUUUUUUUUUUUUUUUACACCAGCCAUUAUUUCAUUCAUUUAUAGCAUAUCAAUCAAAAUAUUAUUUGUUAUAUCUAUUGUAUUAAUACCUUUAUACAUCUUGCCUUUUGUGUGCUGCCAUCCUUAUCCUAUCAGCCCUGUUCAGCAGUCUGCCAUAACUCUUUGUAUAAUAAAUGUUUGGAACUGAAUA